GCAACCAGCCUGUCAGCCAGCUCCGUGCCUCUCCAGGCCGUCCGGACUCGCCUCCUCCCGGACUAAAAGUCGCCUAAAUACCGUGAGGGGGGCGGGGUGGGGGGGGGCAAAACCCUCGAAACCCUCCAUGGAAGCGAGCUCAGAGUGAGCCGGGGCUGCCGGAGCCGUGGGCAGCCAUGAACGACCGCUACCACCGGGCGGCCCGGGACGGCUACCUGGACAUGCUGAAGGAGGCCACACGGAAGGAGCUGAACGCACCGGAUGAGGAUGGGAUGACACCGACCUUAUGGGCCGCUUAUCACGGUAACCUGCCGGCGCUGCGGCUCAUCGUAGGGAGAGGAGGUGACCCGGACAAGUGUGACAUCUGGGGGAACACACCGCUUCACCUGGCAGCUGCCAACGGCCACCACAACUGCCUGUCCUUCCUGGUGGCUUUCGGUGCCAACGUGUGGUGUCUGGACAAUGACUACCACACACCGCUGGACAUGGCCGCCACCAAGGGCCACAUGGACUGUGUUCGCUACCUGGACUCCAUCGCUGCCAAGCAGAUCACCCUCAACCCCAAGCUGGUCAGCAAACUCAAGGACCGGGCAUUCCGCGCUGCAGAGCGCCGCAUCAAAGAUUGCGCAAAGCUCCAAAGGAAGCACCGCGAACACAUGGAGAAAAAGUUCCUGAAGGAAUCGGCAGCUUUAGACAACUUGGAUGCUAUUAGUUUUUCUAGUUACACCAGCAGCAGCACACUGAGCCGCAAGUUCAACACUGUGACCUCCAACAUGCCAUACUCGCAGGCCACCCUGCAUUCCACAGCCAAGGGCAAGGCCAAGAUUCAGAAGAAGCUAGAGAAGAAGAAGCAGGUUGAUGGAACGUUCAAGAUCUAUGAGGAUGGGAGGAAGAGUGUGCGCUCGCUCUCUGGCCUGCAGCUCGGCAAAGACGUCAUGUUCCUUAAACAGGGCACCUACGCCAACCCCAAGGAACGAUCACGCCUCAACAUUCGCGACAUGUUCCCCCGUGACAAUGACGACGAUGCCGACACCAUCUCCCGUGCCAUGAGCGAUCCGGGCCUCUAUGAGGCUGCGUAUUCGGAGAUCAGCGCUGAUUCCGGUCAUGAUUCCUUGUUCACCCGGCCCGGGCUCGGCACCAUGGUGUUCAGGAGGAACUAUUCGAGUGGAGGGAUGUUCGGUAUCGGGGCACGGGAUGAAGGGAGUGUAGCAGGGAGUGAACCUACGGGACGGGCACCUAAUGUUCGUCUACGUGGACACCUGCCUCCACACUCGCCCAGUUUUGAUGUGGACAGUAUUGGCAGUGCCUUGAGCCUGCAAGAAAGAAACCUGCAGGAGUUGCCCUGGGAGGAGACUGAUGUUGGGCUGGAUGAGGAUUUAGAGCCAGAGAACAGUCCAUUAGAGACCUUUCUGGCCUCGCAGAACCUCAGUGAGUUCAUGACCAUCUUUAGGAGGGAAAAAAUAGAUCUAGAGGCUCUGCUGCUUUGUUCAGAUCAGGAUCUCACCAGCAUUCACAUCCCUUUGGGCCCCAGAAAGAAACUGCUGGAUGCCUGCAAGAGACGUCUGGACACCAUAGAUGAACCAGAGGCCAUUGAAGACACUGAGCUUUGAAGGUCAGUGUGGAGUAGUCCGCAUUUAGUUUUAAAAGGGAUGCACCACUCGGCUUUGCUCCCAGAUAAACCUUUGUUGUCAUACAUAAGCUACUGUCUUUGCAUGCAACAGCAUAGCCUUUGUAUGACAGUUAUAGAACCAAUCACAAUGUUUGUUCACAAUAACUUCCGGGUAGAAAACCCCUGCAUCACGUGCAUACAAUUUAAUGACACAGAGCAAAAAUAAAUGUCAGUUUAAACUAGAGAAGUACACAAAGAAGUGUAUGUAAAUAAGUGUAAGUAAAUUCAAAGUAUGCAUAAGUAAGUAGAAAUGACUAAAGCAGUGGUAAGGCGGCUUCCCACUAUGACAAAGGCAGCCACUAGUUAGUCCAACCGGCGGUGAGAUGUUGCUGUUGGGUAGAUUUGGUUUAUCAGACUCUAGCAAAGCAACACAGUACAUAAAAUAAGCACAGCAGAAACGCCAGAUAGGGCAGAUCACUGAGUUCACUAUAUAUCUUUAAACAUUACAUUUAUAGCUGAAAAUGACAACAAAAAUCAACAGGUUUGUCGAUUUCACAUAUCUCUGCAAUUCAAUUCAACUGCCAGUUGUCCACCCGGAAGUGACUGUUGUUGUUGGCCCAGCGUCAUGGUGAUUCGGUCUAUUUGGGAUGACAGACAUUGCAGAAUAGUAAAGACGUGAAAAGGUGUGGGUGACCUUUGUAAAUGUUAUCGCCAAAUCAACAGUGAGACGCUAAUUUAUUAGCUACACCUAAGGUUGGGCACUAUAAUGACACAUUUGUCAACCAGAUUUCUAUCAAGUUAUCUAUAAUGGGCAGGACUACUUCAUGGGAAUAUUAGAUCUACGACAUUGUUACAUCAGUCCAUGUCCAAUAUCACCACCUCCAACAUGCCAUACUUGUAGCUGGUUGCUCUUUAAACUGAAAACGUCUUUGCACACUUAAAUAUGUCACAGGUGUUUGAGGAAAGCACAACUUGAAUAAAAAUGAGAAAACUCCUGCACACCAUCUUGUUUACUGCUGUAAUAUUUACUAGUUUACAGAGUUUUGGUGUGUUUGUCCUUCAUCAGGAUAUUUGGACAAGCAUCACAACUGUUCCAUAUACUGUAUAUACAGUACUGUGCAAAAAAAUUGAGGCUCUUUAGAUGUUUAGAUUCUUUUCCAUAAUGCAAAACCAUUAGGGAGACAUCUGAUCUGUCCCAAAU